GUACAAGGUGACGUCAGACGUACAAGUAGAGCCCUAUUUAUUGCGGAAGUGACACACUCAACACAAAACAUAUCGCUAGAAGCACACGACAGAAACCGAUUGAAUUUUCAAGUGACUGUCGCACAGACUUUUGUGGGGCUACCUCUGAAUGCAGAAGACCUUCAAUUACCAGAACCUUUUGUAUUCUCUCUUGUUGUCUGACUUCCAGGUUGUUGUUCAGAUGAGGAAAGUUCACCUUAUUUUGCGAUGGCAACGCCCCAUUUUUCUACAUUCCUUUUCCUUCUCUUUCUCUCCUUUUUUGCGGUUUUGUUUCUGACCCAUUUACCUUCUGUCGCCCCGUAUUUACCCUUUCCCCAAUCACCUUCAUCACCCUCCUGUGGCCCAGGUCAGUCCUGGGCUGUCCGGCUCAACGCUGAUUCACAUCAUGAAGAUGGUGAACAGAGAUCUUUGAAACUGGAUAAAAUUGCAAACCAGGUGGCAGAGCAGACUGGGCUGCACAACCAUGGCCAGAUUGGACAGUUAGAAGGCCACUAUUUGCUGUGUUCUUCUCAGCCUGCUGCUCAUGUUCGGAGGAAGCAUCUGGUGAAUGCUUUCGCAACCCACCCUGAUGUCCUUUGGUACUCUCAGGAGAGGGUUCUCAGCCGCUCCAAAAGAUCUAUGGCCUUCAAUGACCCAAGAUACCCUAAACAAUGGCACCUGCAUAAUGACGUCAAUAAGGGUAUGGACAUCAAUGUAACAGGAGUGUGGGAGCGUAACAUCACUGGGCGAGGAGUGACAGUGGUGGUGGUUGAUGACGGCGUACAACACACCCAUCAAGACAUAAAACCCAAUUAUAGUCCAGAGGGCAGCUAUGACCUGAACUCUAACGACCCGGACCCCAUGCCCCACCCAGAUAUGCACAGUGACAAUCACCAUGGGACCCGGUGUGCUGGCGAGAUUGCCGCUGUUCCAAACAACAGCUUUUGUGCCGUGGGCGUGGCGUAUGGCAGUAAGGUGGCAGGUAUCAGGGUUCUGGAUGGCCCACUGACAGACAGCCUGGAAGCCAUAGCCUUCAACAAACACUACCAAGUCAACGACAUCUACAGCUGCAGUUGGGGCCCUGAUGAUGAUGGACACACUGUGGAUGGACCUCAUCGCUUGGGAAAGGCUGCUCUACAGCAUGGAGUCAUUGCCGGAAGACGUGGCUUUGGCAGCAUCUUUGUGGUUGCCAGUGGAAAUGGAGGUCAAUACAAUGACAACUGCAACUAUGACGGCUACGCCAACUCCAUCUAUACCAUCACUAUCGGAGCCGUUGACGAGCAUGGCAGGAUGCCCUUUUACGCAGAGGAGUGUGCAUCCAUGCUGGCUGUCACUUUCAGCAGCGGGGGGAGCAAGAUGAGGAGCAUCGUGACAUCAGACUGGUCCAUGCAGCAGGGAACCGGCUGUACAGAGGGCCACACUGGCACGUCAGCUGCUGCUCCCCUGGCGGCCGGAAUGGUGGCGCUCAUGCUCCAGGUCCGACCAUGUCUUAGCUGGAGGGACAUCCAGCACAUCAUUACCUUCACUGCCACCAAGUGUGACAACAGUUCAGACUGGAGGGUGAACGGAGCAGGUUUCCAUCAUAGCCAUCAGCAUGGUUUUGGUCUACUCAAUGCAUGGAAACUCGUUAAUGCUGCCAAGAUAUGGGAGUCUGUGCCAUUUCUUUUGUCCUAUCAGAGCCCAGUAAAAGAGGAGAAAGUGUCCAUUCCAAUCUAUCCCAUGGAUCUGGUUCACACGUGGACAGUCACUGCUGCUGAUCUGGAACAGUCUGGGAUGCAGACACUGGAGCAUGUGACUGUGACUGUGACAAUAACACACCCUUGCCGUGGCAACCUGGAGAUUGUGUUGUUCUGUCCCAGCGGUAUUCCAUCAGUCAUUGGGGCUCGCCGUGCUGUUGACAGAGACUCUGCAGGCUACCAGGACUGGACCUUCUCCACUGUGCGUUGCUGGGGGGAGGAGGCUCAAGGCCAGUACCACCUCAAGAUAUCUGACCAUAAGGAGCCGUCAUCACAGCAGUGUGCCAAUGUGGGGGAGUUACUGCAGUGGAAGUUGACUCUGUAUGGAUCUUCUAUGACCUUCAAAGAGGUCAAAGACAGGCAGAGGCUGGUGGAGGAGGCCAUGAGUGGCAAAUACCUGGACACCAACUUCACCCUGCCUUGUCCCCCAGGCCUUGAUAUUCCCUCAGAGAUCAUCAACCCAUUCACCUCCAACAGCCUAAAGUUUCUGCUGUUGCUCGGCUGCUUUGCUUUGUUCUGGUCUCUCUACUACAUACUGGAGGCCACCUUGGCCCACCUGGACCUCGGAGUCCUCCUAUGUCUGUCCUGGAGGCACAGAGGCCACAAAGUCAGGAGGGUGCGUCGAGGAAGAGGAGUCGAGGAGGCGUUGGAAGAAGAGGUGUUUGGAGAGGACGAGGAGAGAAAUGUUCGGGUGGAGCUGCAUGCACUGCUGGACUCUGGGGCCAAAGCGCCACUUAACAAUGGAG